CGGAUCCUGUGGAUUUUCUUAUUGAUAUGUCACGAUAAUGUGAUUUGUUUGUGUGUACUUCUGACGGUUUUGGCCUCCAACACCUUCUCUCCUAACUUAUUCGAGUCGUCUACCACUUUAUUUGCAAAAGCAGGAUGGUGGUUGGAGGGGGUGGCACCCCCGGCCGGUUGCCCACGUUCUUGAGCAACCCGCAUACUAUUCGUAACUUGUGUAUAAUGGCUCAUGUUGACCAUGGGAAGACUUCACUAGCAGAUGCCAUGGUGGCUUCCAAUGGUCUUAUCAGUCAACGCCAAGCUGGACGCAUUAGAUACAUGGAUAGUCGCAAGGAUGAAAUGGAGCGAGGAAUCACCAUGAAGAGCUCUUGCGUAUCACUGGCAUACAGUAGACCAGAUGGUGAAUACAUCAUCAAUCUAAUUGACUCUCCAGGACAUGUAGAUUUUUCAUCUGAAGUCUCGACAGCUGUCCGUCUGUGCGAUGGUACCAUAAUUGUUGUGGAUGUUGUAGAAGGAGUCUGUGCUCAAACUAAGGUAGUGCUGCAUCAAGCAUGGGUAGAGAAUAUUCGCCCAGUUCUUCUCCUCAACAAAAUUGACCGAUUAAUACUAGAGACAAAGAUGAGUCCAAUUGAAUGUUACUACCAUAUUGCACAGGUCUUGGAACAGGUUAAUGCAUACAUGGGUGAGCUGUAUAACACGGCUGUCUUGGGAAAAACAUCUGAAGAAAUUGAAAGACGGCGACAAGCUGAGCGGGAGAGAAAGUUAUCAGAGAGGGAAAGAAGAGCAUCCGAGUCUGAAAUCCCCGAAGCUCAGCUCAUAUUUGCUGACUGGGGUAUUGACACAGUAGAUGACUCUGAGCUGUAUUUCUCACCUGAGCUAGGAAAUGUAGUCUUUGCAAGUGCCUAUGAUGGCUGGGGUUUUGGAAUUCACCAUUUUGCUAAUCAGUUUUCUGCUAAAUUAGGAAUGAACAAGGCUGUCUUAAAUAAGACAUUGUGGGGUGAUUACUAUAUAACUACAAAAGGGGGACAGAAAAAAAUUGUGUCGGGUGCUCGAGAUAAACGAAAGAAUCCUCUUUUUGUUACUCUCAUCCUGGAAAACCUUUAUAAAGUUUAUGAUACAAUCAUGAUUAGAAAGGACAAGGAUGAAACGGAGAAAUUGGCAGAAGCUUUAGGAGUGAAGAUUCCAUUAAGUGUACUGAGGUCAGCAGAUAUGAGAUUAAAGUUGAAUUUUCUGUGUAGUGGUUGGCUUCCUUUGGCUCCAGCUGUUUUAGAAAUGGUUGUUGAGCAUUUACCUAGUGCAGCAAAUAUGUCGGAAGACCGUGCAACAAAGCUCAUGUGUUCUGCAACCCAAAGGUUCGAUUCACUCCCACCAGAAACACAGAAACUUAAAGAAGCAUUUAUGAAAUGUAGCAGUGAUGAAAAUGAGCCACUUAUUGUUUAUGUGUCAAAGAUGUUUGGAGUGCAAAGAAGACAUCUUCCUGAAGACAGAUCUUCUGGAGUGAAGGUAGCACCUGAAAUUGUCAGAAAGGGCAUGUUGUCAGAAAAUGAAAUAGCAAAGCGCAGGGAGGAACUACGUCGUAGGAAAGAAGCCUCCAUGGUGACAACAAAUGUCGAAUCAAGCCACGAACGAUCUUUAACAGAAAAAGAAAUUGAAGGGUUAAAGAAGCAGCAAGAGCAAAUAGUGGAAGAAAAACAGAGAGUAGAGGAUGAGAGACAGAAGUGGAUGAAUGAGGAAGUGUUUAUUGCCUUUGCACGUGUCUUCAGUGGAACUCUUAGAGCAGGCCAAAAGGUUUAUGUCUUGAGUCCAAAACAUGAUCCGAGCUCAGCCUUGGCUCUGACAGCACUCGGUGAGGAGGAAUUGGAGGAAAAAUUGAAGGAUUACAAGCACAUUCACACCUGUAAGAUUUCUGGAAUUUAUUUGUUGCUGGGGCGAGAAUUUGAACUUCUAGAGAGUGCUGGUGCUGGCACAGUGGUGGGCAUCACUGGGUUGGAAGACUGUGUCAUCAAGAGUGCCACGCUGUCUUCUACACUAGCCAUGCCGCCCUUCACAGAGCUCACUAUGAGUGCUACACCUAUUUUAAGAGUUGCAGUUGAGCCACAUGACCCUAGAGAUUUGCCUAAGCUACGUUCUGGUCUAAAGUUGCUUAACCAAGCUGACCCAUGUGUUCAGGUUAUGCUGCACCACAGUGGAGAAUACGUCAUCCUUACUGCUGGGGAAGUGCACCUGCAGCGCUGUGUUGAUGACCUUCAGGAACGAUAUGCAGGUGUCCCUAUACGCACUUCAGACCCAAUUGUGCCUUUCAGAGAAACUAUUAUUCCCUCGCCAACAGUUGACAGACUUAAUGAAGCCAUUGAAGGAGAAAAUAUCAAUAUCAGGAAGGUGGAUAAUUCUGACCCCUUGGGUGUAGUAGAAGUGAACGGUCGACUAGGAAAACUACGAUGUAGAGCUGUAUCGUUACCUCAUGCUGUUACUAAGCUUCUUGAACAAAAUGAGGAACUAUUAAAAUUGGUUACUGUGGCCAGUGCCACCGAUAGAAAGAAUACAUACAGUGUAGCAAAUACAGUGGGUGAUAGCUCAUUGGAGCUAGAAGAAAAACCUGCGAUUCAAUUAAGUGCUCUUGGAGAAGCUCUUGAAAAUAGACAAAAAUUGAAAGUGGAAGCUUUCAGAGCAAUAAAGGAGUUUAAGACGUCUCUAGAUAAAGCAUUCAGAGAUGCUGGUGCAGAAUGGGAAAAUGCAGUUAAUGAAAUAUGGAGUUUUGGACCCAAUGAUUGUGGACCUAAUAUUUUAUUAAAUCGUAUCCAAACAUAUUGUCGACCAUCAGUUUGGGAAAAAGCAGUCUUAUUUGAUUCCCCUUUAGCUGCUUACGACACAAAUUUUGUGACUGGAUUUCAGAUAGCCACUGCAGCUGGUCCACUUUGUGAAGAGCCAAUGAUGGGUGUGUGCUUUAUUAUUGAAGACUGGAGUUUAGCACCCUCAAGAGAACCUGAGAGUGGAGAAGAUCAGUUUCAGACGUCUGGUAUAUCAUCUGGGCAGAUAAUAUCCCUUUCUAAAGAUACACUAAGAAAAGCAUUUGAGCACCAAUGUCAAAGGCUUGUUUGUGCCAUGUACUCGUGUGUGAUUAAUGUGACAUCAGAAGUAGUGGGCAAGAUGUACAGUGUGAUUGGCAAAAGGCAAGGACGAAUCGUUGAUGGAGACAUAACAGAGGGUUCAACAUCCUGGAACAUCACCGCUUAUCUCCCAGUGGUCGAGAGCAUGAAUUUUGCUAACGAGCUCCGUAAAUCUACAUCUGGAGAAGCAAUGCCGCAGCUUGUAUUCUCUCACUGGGAGGUGCUGGAUAUCGACCCCUUCUGGGAGCCUCAAACUACUGAAGAACUUGCACACUGGGGCGAGAAAUCGGAUAGUGGUAAUAUUGCCAGAAAGUACAUCAAUUCUGUUAGAAAAAGAAAGGGACUGGCAAUCGAUGAAAAAAUUGUAGAGUUUGCAGAAAAACAACGAACACUAUCCAAAAAUAAGUAGCGAUUUAAAGUUUAGGCCCUAGUGCAAAAAGUCCCAACCAAACAACACGCCACUAGAAGAUGGAGACAUUUCGGACCAUCCAGCAUUAUAAAGUCGAUUGUGAUGGGAGUGAGGGAGGCACGGGCAUUAAGGAAGGCAAGAGGGAGGUAAAGAGCAGGUAAGAGAAGGUUCUUAGAAUGGAAGAAAGGCGAGAAUGGGAUGGGUGUAAUAAUGGGAUGUAAGAAAGAGGGUAGGCCUAUGUCGGGUCACAUUUGUUAGGAAGGUUAGAGCAUUUGGGUAUGUACCAUGAAAGGGAAGAGUCAACAGCAACAAAUUCAGGACUAGGGUUCAUGGUGUAUCGGAGCCGAAUUGACAAGACUGUGUCUGAAGAGUAGAGGCAGGAGAGAUUGAGAAAAUUCGUAGAAGCUGUGAAGAAGGUUCGAAACUAUGCGGUGGGUGUACA